AUUGCGAAAUACUACAUAAAGUCCAAAUACUAAAAUAAAAUCAGCUACAAAAACCUAAAAGCAAUAGAUUUCUAGCAAUCAGGAAUAUUUACAUGCGGCAACUUGUAAUGUUAUCCUACGCAGAUGACUCUGAUGAAUUGGAUACGAUCGCAGAUGUUAUGGGCUUGCGCUCACAAAAUCGACUGAACACAUUUCGCGAAAUGUGGUAUCAUGUAUUUCUAUGGGCUCUCUUUUCGUCAAUUUUCAUACACACAUGCGCGGCGUUAGUCGCUUUUGUUACCUUGCGAAAACAUAAAUUCGGACGUUUCUUUUCAAUUUUGAUAUUAGUGAUGGGUUUUCUAUCGCCGGCUAUGAGUGGCAUCAUAAGCAGUGCGGUCAUUGCGUUUGUACAUCGCGCUUCAAGUUUGCCAAUGUCACCUAUAUAUGCUAUGGUUUGGGGCGUUGGUCAGACAAUUGUUUCCGCCUGCUUAGGAUUUACUAGAAUAUUAGCUACACUUUAAAUUAAAUUUUUUUUAAGUUUAAUUCAUUUUGUAAAUGUUUUCUUAUCAUCUUGUCUAAUGAGCUUUACUAUUUUUGUUUAUAUUAUAUAAAUUUGCUAGGGAAAAAUUUUUAAAAAAUAUAUAUAUUAAAAUAAUAAUAAUCGCAAUCAUAUGUAACGAAU